AUGGAAAGAGCCAACGCGGAUCCGGACUCGGCGGCGGUGCCCCCCGUGAGCACUUUCAUAACGCGCCUACGGGACACCCAACCACGGCCUCUACAGCCGCCUGCUGCCACCGGAACCCCACCCCCAUCAACCUUCUACCACAACCUCGAAGAAGUGCUCAACCAGCGGCGCUCGGCCGGCCUCUACUGGUCGAUCGUCGACAACGCCUGGCAAGCCGGCGGCGCCGUGGACCUCACCGGGUCCGGCGGCGUGCGCCUCAUGGACGGCAACUACGGGUACCUGGAGCAGGCGGAGCGGGACAUCGCGGGCUUCCACGGCGCCGAGGGCGGCCUGCUCGUGGGCUCGGCGUUCGAGGCGAACGUCGCGGUGUGGACGGCGGUGCCGCGACCGGGGGACGUCGUCGUGCACGAUGCGCUGGUGCACGCGAGCACGCACGAGGGCAUCAGACACGGCCUCGCGAUGGAGAAGUUCGAGUUUGCGCAUAAUAGCGUGGAGAGCUUUCGGGGCGUGUUGCUCGACGUGCUCGCGUCCCAGAGGCUGGUGCGCCAGGGGAAGCGGUCGAUUCUCGUCGCGGUGGAGUCGAUUUAUAGCAUGGACGGCGAUGUGUGCCCGCUGCGAGAGCUCGUGGAUGUCGCGCACGAGGUCGCGGGUGGGAUGGGAAACAUACAGUUCGUUGUGGAUGAGGCGCAUAGUGUUGGGGUCGUUGGGGAUAAGGGUGCGGGACUUGUCUGCGCGCUGGGCUUGCAGAAGAGUAUCGCGGUGGUGGUACACUCGUAUGGGAAAGCAAUAGGGGCUACUGGAGCGAUAAUACUUGGAAAUGAGGUAAUUAGAGGUGCUUUGCAAAACUUUGCACGCUCUGUGAUAUACACGACCUCGCCUUCCUUUCCGUUUAUCGCUGCCAUCAAAUCCGGGUACACGUUGCUUGCCGCUGGGCACACAGAAAAGGCACAAGAACGCAUACAAGAUCUCGCGAAACUAUUCUUUUCACUCCUCACAUCACAUCCUCUCUGGCCAGUAUCUCGGGAGAGGGGCCUCCUCAGCGUGGCUCUUGCAAACGACUGGGAAGAGCGGCCCUUUCUCACUCACAUAAUACCGAUCUCCACGCGCCAGAACUGUACCUGGUGGCUAUACUUCCACCUGCUAGCCUCGUCCUUCUGCGUCUUCCCGGUAGAGCACCCCAUCGUGCCUUCCGGCCAAGGCAGGCUGCGCGUCAUAAUCCACUCCUCCAACACGGAGGACCAGUUACGCAGGUUUGUGGAGGCGGUGUUUCUCUGGGUGGAGGAGAUGAUCAAGAUCGAGGACGUGGAGACGACGGAGAAGGUGCCGAUCGCUGCAAGGCGAGUGUAUGCAUGGAUGAGGGGGGAGGGUCUGACGGGAUACGGGAUGCUGUCUUCGAGAGGAGGACACUUCAUCGAUGGAGAAGUGGGGGCUUUCGAUGCUCCUUUUUUCUUAAUUACGUCCAAUGAGGCAGCGUCAAUGGAUCCGCAACAGCGCUGGCUACUGGAGGCUUCAUACCGCGCGUUUGAAAAUGCUGGCGUGCCGGUAGAAAGGAUGACAGGGACAGACACUGCAGUAUUUUCUGGGUCGCUUUGGGAAGAGUACACGAGGAUCCUCUCCAAAGAUCCAGAUGAAGCACCGGUGUAUUCCGCCAGCGGUGCUUCGCCUUCAAUCUUGGCCAAUAGGCUGAGCUGGUAUUUCGAUCUCAAGGGCCCAAGCAUGCACCUUAACACAGCUUGUUCCUCAGGUAUGAUUGCCGCAGACCUUGCGUGUCAGUGCCUACGCAGUGGACGGAGCUCUAUGGCGCUAGUUGCGGGAGCCAACACCCUUCUGACUCCUGAAGAAUCUCUGAACUUGGAGAAGAUGAAUUUCCUAUCCCCAGAUAGCCAGUGUUACAGCUUUGGCCAUCGUGCAAACGGAUAUGCCAGAGGAGAAGGGGUGGCAGUACUCGUGCUAAAGAGGCUUGGCGACGCUGUUCGAGAUGGUGAUAUGAUUCGUGCCGUCAUCCGAGCUUCCGAUUCGAACCAUAAUGGCUACACUUUCGGACUUACGCAGCCGAGUGCAGCUGCUCAGGAAGAUUUAAUUCGAAGAGUAUACAAGAGCGCUAAGCUCGACUUCAAAUCCACCAGAUAUAUAGAAGCUCACGGCACGGGUACUCAGCUGGGGGAUUCAGCCGAGGCGAGGGCUCUUGGUCGAGUUUUCAGAACUGCUCGCUCUCCCAGCGAACCGCUAUACAUCGGCUCUGUGAAAGCCAAUAUAGGUCACCUGGAGGGUGCCAGUGGACUUGCGGGCAUUCUGAAGUCCAUCAUGAUCCUCGAAAAGGGCAUAAUCCCACCUAACGCGCUUUUCGAGAAAUGGAACCCAAAGAUUGACGCAAAGUUCAACAAUCUACAGGUACGGUUCAAUCGCUCAGCUCUCUUUGGGGAUAUAUCUAAAAGGUUCCAAGUCAACUCGUUUGGCUUCGGUGGGUCGAAUGGUCAUAUUAUUCUGGAUGACGCGUUCCAUACGCUCGAACUCCAAAGCAUUAGCGUUUUGGUUCAUACGCCAGCCUCAAUACGCGAAGACUACAAGGCCAUACCAGAGUUCACACUCCUCGUAUGGUCUGCGAGAGACGAAAGCGCCAUACAACGAAUGACGCAGGCUUAUAGUACAUACUGUGAGAAACAUGCAGAAAGCAUGAAGGGCAGUUUCAUAGGAUCUCUCGCCUACACGCUUUCUGCUCGGCGAAGUCUGAUGUUAUGGAGGACCUUUGCGGUUGUGAGCAGUCAAGCCCCUCCCUCCGAACUUAACAGGCUCUCCCCAUCCAAGUCCAUACGAUCUUUCCAGAAACCUGGUAGUCUAGCUUUCGUCUUCACCGGUCAAGGUGCCCAAUACGCAAGAAUGGGUUGGGACUUACUCGUGUACCCCAUUUUUCACGCCGUACUAUCCCGCGCGAGCAAUGUUUUUCGAGAAUUGGGAGCUGAUUGGUGCUUAUUUGAUGCACUCAAGGAUCCGGAAAGAAUCCACUCGCCACAAAUGAGUCAGCCGCUAUGUACCGCUCUCCAGAUAGCUCUUGUUGAGCUCCUGCGGGAAAUGGGUGUUAUCCCAGAUGCGGUUGUCGGCCACUCGUCUGGAGAAAUUGCGGCAGCGUACACUAUCGGCGGUCUCUCUCUCGAAUCCGCAUGUCAAGUCGCCUAUCACAGAGGAAGGCUAGCCCAACGGCUUUCUCAGAUGCCAGAGCCUGGUAGCAUGGUUUCUGUGAAUAUUCCGGAAGCAGACGUGGACGCCUACUUGGACAGAAUCUCCCUUAGCGAGAAUAUCUGCGUAGCUUGUGUGAAUAGCCCGUUAAAUGUGACGCUUUCCGGAAACGACGCCGCUAUUCGUGAAUUGGCCAAGCAUUUAACAAAAGACGGAAUUUUUGCCCGAGAAUUAAAGACAGGUGUAGCUUAUCAUUCGCCUGCUAUGCAGCAAAUUUCCGAAGAGUACCAUUCAUGUUUAAGUCGAUUGGAAAUGCGCCAGCCGAAUGAUGGCAACAUUCUCAUGAUAUCAUCUGUAACUGGCCAAAAGGUUCCAGUCCCUGCCAUUUCAGAGGCCCAGUACUGGGUUGAUAACCUGGUGUCCCCCGUGCAGUUCGCCUCCGCAGUCCAGUACCUCGCCUCCGCAGCACCCAAGGUCGAUAAUUUGAAGCCAAUAUCGACUUACAUUGAAAUUGGACCGCAUGGGGCUCUCCGACGUUCUGUGAAGGAUACACUCAGCGCCAUAGGCCAUGAUAAAGGCCCUACAUAUCUAUCCAUUCUAUCACGGUUCGAAUCGCCUGUGAAAACUACCUUGGAAGUAGUCGGACAGUUAUUUGCUAAUGGUUACCCGGUAUCCGUCACUGCUGCCAAUCAACAACAUACCGGCAUUAACACGAGACCAUUUCUUGUCGACGCGCCUGGGUACCCCUUCAAUCAUUCGCAAGUACAUUGGCACGAGACCAGAUUGAGUCGGGAUUGGCGACUUCGCAAAGCCGUCUCACGGUCCUUACUAGGCGUAUCUGUAGCGGAUUGGAACCCGCUGGAACCACGUUGGAGGAAAGUUCUACGAGCCGCCGAUAUCCCCUGGCUUGCGGAUCACGUUAUUGGCGAGAGUAUUUUGUUCCCGGCCACUGGGUCAAUAAUCAUGGCUCUCGAGGCAGUGAGACAGACACAGAUGACCACCUCAAACCAAACCAUCUCAGGAUAUACCAUAAAGGAAGCAGUAUUCAUGACCCCUAUUGUGAUCCGAGCCGAAAAUGGCACAGAAGUGAUCACACAAACGCGCCCUCUCGAUAUGGCAUCUAAUAAGAUACCUAUCCGCUUCGAGGUCCGCAUAUUCAUGGUGGCGGACAAACACUGGAACGAGUGUUUCAGAUCUACGAUUCAUAUCGAAUAUGCAGAAUCCGCGAAUGAGGUAGAGGCCUAUCCGGAGGAUGUCAUGGCAACGCAAAUAGUUUCCUCUGACUAUGUAUCUGCUCAGCAAACUUCCACGAUCGAAAUUAGUAAGCGCGAUUUCUACAACUGGCAUCAUAACCAGGGUGUGAAGUAUGGCAAUUCCUUCUCCCUAGCCGAGGACAUCCGCUGGGACGGUGAUCAAGUCGCCAUAGCGCAUAUCGACAUAGGCAGCCCCGUUGGACCAUACGAAGGUGUUGUCCAUCCCGCUAUAUUAGACGCAGCUUGCCAAGUGUGCUAUGUAGCGCCGUCGGGUGGGAUGUCCAAAGAGCUCCCCACAAACGUUCCGUACAGAGUUCGUGAUGCUUGGAUAUCUGCAAGAGGAUGGAAAUACCCAUGCACCCGUCUAAUACGAGUGCUAACUAAGUCCAAAAUCAAGUCUAUCGGCACCGGUAUCGAAUGCUCCAUACAAGCUUUGUCAGAUGACGGGUCACUACUUUGCCGUUUGAACAAGUUUGAUAUGCUUCCCAUUAUGAGCAAUAAACACAGUGGUGACAGCGAAAAGAAUAUGUUACAUCGCAUCGAUUGGAGACCACAAUUGUCCCUCCUUAGCCCGAGCCAGCUUCAUCGCUAUUGCGAUGCAAACCACUCUGAAGUCGACGAAAGCUCAGUGGUGGACUAUUCUCGUGAACUUGAGAGCAUGUUGCGGUCGGCUUUUCAGCAAGACUUCGGUCCGAUGAUGGAAACUAAGUGGACCAAAGCACCUUCACACAUGGAAAACUAUGUCUCUUUUAUGAAAUACCAGUUGCAAAAGGUGCAAGGCGAACCAUUGGAGAUUAUUAGUCAAGAGGACCUAACCAGGAAGCUAGAACAGUUGAGCCACAGAAGACCGUCAUGGAGAAUGUUCGUCGAAGUAGCCCAGAACCUACCCUCCAUCAUACGGGAAGACUUUAAUGCGUCCGAGUUUCUCUUAUCGAAAUCGCUCUUGCAAGAUUUCUAUGAAGAUAUCUUCAAGAACUUCUUUGACGACAGACUCAUAUCCUACUUCCAGCUUAUGGCCCACGAAACCAGUAGCAUGAGGAUCCUUGAGGUCGGUGCCGGUUCAGGCGCCAUGGCUAGUCUUGUGCUGUCGAUCCUUGAACUGGUGGAAGAGAGCACCGGUGGUGUUGCGUUCUGUGAAUACGUUUACACGGACCCAUCCAGUUCGUACCUCGAGAGAGCUCGAGAGCGAUUUUCGAAAUACCGAAGCCGCAUGACGUUCAUGCUUUUAGACCCCGGGCAAGGUAUCGUGGAUCAAGGGUUCCUACCCGCGAGUUUUGAUGUGGUUUUGACCGGAGGUGCUUUUCAUGCCACUGGAAACAUGCCAGGCCUGCUCCAGGGUAUCCGGUGCGUGUUAAAGCCGGGCGGUCACCUGAUAUUCUGUGAGAAUACGGCCCCGGACUGCUUCACAUUGGACUUUGGCUUUGGCGUUCUCCCAGACUGGUGGUGCGGCGAAGACAGGCACGUUGCUCGAAGACCAAUAAUGACAGAGCCCGAGUGGGAAACUGUGCUCAGGGAGAAUGGUUUCUCUGGCAAUGAUCUGGUUAUAAGAGAUUAUGCGGACAAUGUUGCGCAUCAUACCAGCAUUAUUGUCUCAAGUAUUCCCUAUAUCUCGCACAUAGCAGGCGAAGGUGCGAGGGUCUGGUUUGUAGUGCAUGAAGUGAGCUUCUCUGCGAGAGACCUAGCCAUGACGGUAGCAGAAAGCUUCGAGUCGCUGGGGCUUCAAACCAUUAUUACCCAUCUAACCCAGCUAUCGGAGAGUCAUAUAAGCCACGACGACUACGUGAUACUCCUGACUGACCUGGGCGAUUAUCUGUUGACUGAUGUCUCUGAAUCAAUCUUCGGCGUGAUCAAAAACGUUAUGCAACGGCCAAGAAAAAUAUUAUGGUUAACCUCCAGUUGUAUAGACCAAAGCUCAGAUGUCGGGUGCUAUCCCUAUGCUCACAUCAAAGAUGGCCUCUUGCGUACGCUGCGGACAGAGUUUGGUAAUAAGCACAUCAUUAGUCUUUCCGUAGAAGACAUAAUCCACACGCCCACCUGUGUUUCGAAUAUCUCGAAAGUCUGUGUGUCGGCUUUUGGGGCCCAAUUCCCAGAGCCCGAUUAUGUUGUGCGAGAAGGCCAAAUCCUAACUCGCCGGCUUAUUGAGGAUACUAAACUCAAUUAUGAGUUGUCUUCAUCAAUCCGCCCUCUGGAUAAAAGCUCGCCUUGGCUUCCAGGCCCUCCCUUGAAGGUUGAUAUCGAGAGUCGUGGACAGCUAGACACGCUUCACUUCAGUGAGGAUAGCGACUACCAUGAAGAGCUCGGUCCUAUAGACGUCGAGAUCGAGGCUAGGGCCUGGGCAAUAAACUUCCGCGAUAUUCUUACCGCGCUAGGUCAGCUUCCGGACCCUGAGUUCGUUGGGGCACAGUGUGAGUCCGUACAACCUGGAGAUCGCGUCUGCAUCAGUGAAGAUGCCGUAAUGAAGAUUCCACCUUCGGUAUCAUUUGAAGAGGCCUGCGCAGUCAUCAACCCAGGGAUGACAGCGUGCCGAGGAGAGAGGAUCCUGAUCCACGCAGCGUCAGGAGCAACGGGCCAGCUAGCUAUCCAGAUCGCACAGAAGGCCGGCGCGGAGAUAUUUGUAACAGUUGGUGACAAUCGUAAAAAGGAGCUGCUUGUCAACCAAUAUGGUAUUCCCGCUGACCAUUUCUUCUACAGCCGGAGUAACAACAUUACCUUUGCCAAAGGCAUUAUGAGGAUGACUGACGGCCAUGGUGUGGAUGUAGUUUUAAAUUCUCUUUCCGGUAACGGCUUACGGGCGUCAUGGGAAUGCAUUGCACCUUAUGGACGAUUCAUCGAGAUCGGCAAAAAGGACAUCGACUCGAAUUCGCCUUUACCAAUGACCGGCUUUGCGAACAACGUGACCUUCGCCGCUGUCGACAUCCGGAAGAACCUGUUCCAUAAAACAAUGGCUUUGAAUUAUGAUGGUACUAUCCAUUGCCCCCAACCGUUGCAUCUUUACGACAUUAGCGCCGUGGAGGACGCAUUUCGGUAUAUACAGAGCGGGAAGAAUUCGGGGCUCCGGAAACGCCUACUCACCAGAAAAACAUGGAAAUUUGAGAAAGAUGCAUCCUAUCUUGUUGUAGGUGGUCUAGGCGGAAUUGGGAGAUCAAUACUUAGAUGGAUGGCUUCAAGAGGUGUCCAGAAUUUGAUUGUUCCAUCAAGGUCAGGCCCGACAUCCGAUGCAGCAGUCAAGGUCGUGAAAGAACUUAGCGAUAAGAACAUCCGAAUCAUAACCCCAAAAUGUGAUAUUGCUAACCUCCACUCGGUUUAUGCGGCAAUUGAGGAAUGGAAGAAAACGAUGCCCCAUAUUCGGGGCUGCAUCAAUGCGGCGAUGGUUUUGAAUGAUUCCGUGUUCGAGCUCAUGUCUUACCCAAAGUGGGAUCUCACCAUCCAAUCCAAAGUCGCGACCUCUUGGAACCUUCACUAUCUCUUAACCGAUCUAGAUUUCAUGGUCCUACUCUCCUCCGUUUCCGGUGUCGUCGGCAACCCUGGGCAGGCCAAUUACGCCGCCGGGUGCACGUUUCAGGAUGCACUGGCACAUUUUCGGACGCACAGCGGCCGCAAAACUAUAUCAAUCGAUCUCGGCAUUAUGCGCACGGUUGGGAUUGUCGCUGAGACGGAGGCGCUGCGGAAUCGCUUCGGUGCUGGUAUGCAAGGCCUUGGAAAGAUAGAAGAGAACGAAUUCCUGGCGCUCCUAGAUAUGUGCUGCGACCCAGGAGCGGACUCUACCACUCUCCCGAGCCAGAUCGUAAUGGGUCUAGAGACCCCUAUGGACUUUCUUGAACGUUCCCUCGAGCCGUCAGAGAUCAUGAAGCAACCGCUGUAUGGGCAUUUUAGACAACUACGAUCACUACACCAUGAGAACGAUGCAAGAUUCGUGAACUACGACCUAGCUCGGCUGUUCCGGCAAGCGAUGACUACCGAAAGGCGAUCGAGCAUAGUGGCGGAGGCACUAGCUAGGAAGCUGGCGCAUGCACUCGCGAUUGAGCCCGACGAUGUGGACAUGGAGAAGCCGUUGCACGCAUUCGGGGUGGACUCACUGAUGGCGGUCGAGCUGCGCAACUGGCUAGCGAAGGAAUUCGCAGCAGAUAUAGCAGUCUUCGAUAUCAUGGGGGGGAGGACGGUGAAAGGUCUGGGCGAUUUAGUGGGUAAAUGCUCGAAAAUGAGUGAAGGUGUUGGCAUAUGA